UCGCGUUGAAAGAGAUUUCGAAGGCUAUUCGCACCUACGUGAACACUCAUAUGUAAUUGUCAAAAUGUGCGUGAUGACAAAAGCAAAAAUAUUUCCUUCCUUCUUUAUCGCAUGCAAAAACCAAACAAAUAUCAGCAACACCGUCAACGCGAAUUGAAGAAACAAUUUUCUGAUAUUUAUUUGAAGUUUAGCAAUGGAUAGUGAGCCUAUGUCAGAUGGAUAUUUAAUUGAUUUGGUUGAUAAUGAAUGGUUGUCAGAAGAACUACCAAAUGAUCAAAUAUUAGUGCCUUCGGAAAAUCUGCCAGAUCCGGAAGCAGAUAACGAUUCCUCACAUCUCACUUUAAAAGAGCAAGAGCAAAAAUGGUCUGAUCUUGCUCUGUCGUCACUUGCUCCAGAACUCUCAAUUUCGGAUCAUCUAAAUAUAAACAGCGUUUGAAAAUAAA